AGACACGAGUGAGCAACAUACUAUUCAUUAUCCUCUUGUAUAGUAGUAGCCAUGGUUUCUCAAGCAAACAAUCUUCAUUUCAUUUUGUUUCCUCUAAUGGCUCAAGGCCACAUCAUCCCUAUGAUGGACAUUGCAAGGCUUUUGGCAAAGCGUGGUGUGAUUGUUACCAUAUUCACAACACCAAAAAAUGCAUCACGUUUCAGUUCAGUUCUUUCUCGAGCUGUUUCAUCUGGCCUCCAAAUCCGAAUAGUACAACUCCAUUUUCCAUCAAAACAAGCAGGACUUCCUGACGGGUCCGAGAGUUUUGACAUGGUAACAUCAAAAGAAAUGAUAUACAAUUUCUUCCAUGCAAUUAGCAUGCUCCAAAAGCCAGCAGAAGAAUUGUUCGACACAAUUACACCAAAACCAAGUUGCAUAAUCUCUGACUUUUGCAUUCCUUGGACUUCUCAAGUUGCUGAAAAGCAUCAUAUUCCAAGGAUUUCAUUCCACGGGUUUUCUUGCUUUGCCCUCCAUUGCCUUCUCAAGAUACGUACUUCAAAGAUUGAUGAAAACAUCACUUCAAAAUCAGAGUAUUUCACUGUGCCUGGCAUACCUGACCAAAUUCAGGUUACCAAAGAUCAGAUACCAGGACCAUUGACAGAUAAAUUGAAGGACUUUGGGGAGAAGAUGCAGGAUGCUGAAAUAAAGUCAUAUGGUGUAAUCAUAAAUACUUUUGAAGAGUUGGAGCUAGCAUAUGUCAGGGAUUACAAGAAGGAAAGAAAUGAUAAGGUGUGGUGCAUUGGCCCAGUUUCACUCUGCAACGAAGAUGGCUUGGAUAAGGCUCAAAGAGGCAACAAGGCCUCUAUUGAUGAACACAUUUGCUUGAAGUGGCUAGAUUUGCAACAACCCAAUUCUGUGGUAUAUGCUUGUCUUGGAAGCUUAUGCAAUUUGAUUCCUUCACAACUUAUGGAGUUGACCUUGGCCUUGGAAGCCACAGAAAGGCCAUUUAUAUGGGUUAUUAGGGAAGGAAAUAAGUUUGAUGAGUUGGAAAAGUGGAUCAUUGAAGAAGGGUAUGAAGAAAGGACCAAGGGGAGAGGCCUUAUAAUUCGAGGUUGGGCUCCACAGGUGCUAAUAUUAUCACACCCUGCCAUUGGAGGAUUCUUAACACAUUGCGGUUGGAAUUCCACACUUGAAGGGAUAAGUGCUGGUGUGCCAAUGGUUACAUGGCCAUUAUUUGCAGAUCAAUUCUUAAAUGAGAAGCUUGUUGUUCAAGUGUUGAGGAUUGGCGUGAGCCUUGGGGUAGAGGUUCCAUUGAACUGGGGAGAGGAAGAAAAGGUAGGUGUAAUGGUGAAGAAGGAAGAUAUUAAGAAUGCAAUAUGCCUGCUGAUGGAUGAAGGAGAAGAAAGUAAAGAAAGAAACCAAAGGGCCCUUAAACUCAGUGAGAUGGCAAAGAGAGCUGUUGAAAAAGGUGGAUCUUCUCAUCUUAAUAUGACUUUGCUUAUUCAAGACAUCAUGCAACAAUCAAGUAGGGAGGAUAUAAAGUUGUCACCUGAAGAGAUACAAUUUACAUGUAGCGCUUGAUUCCCCUUUUUUUAUGAGAUAUUCUUUUUCUGAUUCUGUUAUUGCCCAUGUUUACUGUAACAAUUGGAUCCAUACUGCCAAGCAUAAAAUGUUUUCCUGUGUUGUAUCAUAAUUAGGAGCUGUGUUACCUGAAGAGGUACAGAAUACUUGUUUGUUAGUUGAAUUUGUUCAAUUAGUUAGUAUGAGUGUAACAUCCCGUUCUAGAACUGGUUUGUUAACAUCGCAUUAUGAUAUUA